AUGGAACUUGUAACCGCAACUUAUCUUUUAUUCACUCUAACGCUUGGGCUUCUCAUUUUCUUCAUCGUCGAAAAGCUUGUUUCCAUAGCAACCACCGACAAUAACACAACAAUAAAACUUCGUCUUCAGGAACAACCGGUUGGUCCGGUUCUUCAGCGGUUGGCGGUUCAGUCACCUCAAACAAAGAGCCGAGUUGGUUUUAUUAAACCGGUUCAAGUUACAUCAACAACAACAACAACAACUAGUUUAGAAACCGAAGACGCUAUCGUGAAUUCCGAUUCCGGAGUUGAUGUCGAGUUCCCACCGACAAAGUCAAACGUUGAAGAAACUGAACACGAUAUAGGAGUUGCUAAGGUUGAAUCCGAUUCCGACGUUGUUGAAUAUUUAGAGGAAACCGUUGUGAAAAGUGGAGAUUCUACUGAAGAGAAGAGAAUUGAGUAUGUGGAAGAAACUACCGGGGAGAAGUUAGUUUCUGAUGUGGUGAACGAAGGAGAGGAAAAGGAAGAUGAUGAGGAUUGGGAAUGGGAAGGGAUUGAGAGGAGUGAGGUGGAGAAGACGUUUAUGGCGGCUACAGAAUUUGUUGCUGAGAAAGGGUAUAUUGGUAAAUGCGGUGAUGGUUUGGAGAUGGAGUUGUAUGGACUUGAGAGAGUAGCUAUUGAAGGACCUUGCCGUGAACCUCAGCCAAUGCCGCUUAAACUCUCCGCACGUGCUAAAUGGAAUGCUUGGCAAAAUCUGGGGAACAUGAGUCCAGAGGUUGCGAUGGAGCAAUAUAUCAGCCUUCUUUCCGAUAAAUUUCCUGGAUGGAUGAAAAAUGCUUCUACUGGAAUGAGUGAAGGUGAACCCUCGGGAUCAGAAGUUUCUGAGUCUGCUGCUCCUGAUUUGAGCUCAGCUUCAUCUCAUCAACAAACAAUCUUAGCAGAAAGGAAACUUGUUCAAGAGUCUAAGUCUGGUGCCCAGGAGCAUAUCCCAUAUGAUGCAGAGUCAGAUUCCGAGAACAAUGUUAAAAAAUGA